AUGAGCCCCAGCGAAACAAAGAGAAGCAGAUCAUCUUCGGGUCGAUACAAGUCCAGCCGCAGGUCCGAGGACGGACGCUCAUCUCGCCACAAAAGUCGAUCAAAACACGACUCUAAACUGGAUAAAAAUAGCGCAAAAGCCAUCACAGAAGAGGACUAUUUUUUGCGUCAGACGGAGUUUCGAGUGUGGCUGACUCAAACAAAAGGCAAAUAUGUCGAUGAUUUGUCGACAGCUGAAGCCAUGAAGUUAUUUUGUACUGAAUUUGCAAAGAAAUGGAACAGAGGACAGCUAGCUUCAAUGUUUUACCAAGGAUUGUCCGAAAGUGUGGUGGAGCAGACAAAGCGAACACGUCAUCGUUGGAACUUUGUAUCAAAACUGAGUGACAAGGAGAAGUUCGAGGUAGCGACGGCCAAAGACUCAGUCGACGUAGCGACAAAGAAAGCGGAUCUAUUGCUUUCUUCUUCUGGUCAAAAAGGAGAACCUACCGAAGCCAAGAGCAAGUUCAGAGAUCGAGAUAGUCGUCGUGCGAUGGAAGGGAUUCCUGAGGAUAGGGAAGAGACAAAGAAGCGACGCAAAACAGAGCGUCGAAGAGAAAAAGAGUACGGUGACACGAUUGUGGAUGAGCUUGCACCAAAGGCUACAGGACGAGAAGCUCAGCUCAUGAAACGCCGUCAAAUCGGGGCCAAGUUGCAUGGGGCAGCAAGAGACCGAGAAGAAGCACGAGAUGGACUUGAUCUGGAUGAAGGGUUCCUGAUGGGCGUGUCCGGAGGUGGCAAUGACGAGUUAAAACGACACUUAGCUCGUCGGGACGCAGCUCGGUGUCGAAAGCAGAAGGAGCAAUCCAUGAAAAUCGCUGACUUGAAGGCUAAGGAGUCUGCUCGCAUGGAUAAGUUCCUGGAAGACAUGGGUAUUACUGCUGGACCAGCUACCAGCAGCAGCAUGUCCGCGACCAUCGCUCCACGCCAGUAA